CAUCCGAGAUGGAGCUGGGUAUAAAGGCUUGGGUCUCGCAGAUGAAACCUCAGUUGCAGGGUAGUUGUGAUAGUGUUGCAGAGCUCUCCCUUGACCAAGUCGUUCCAGGCAGCCAUGGCAUCUUUCAAGGAGACCGUCGACCGCGCACGCGCCGCCUUCCAAACGGGGCGCACGCGGUCCGUAGAGUUCCGCAAGCAGCAGCUGCUCCAACUCAAGAAGAUGUACGAGGAGAACCGCCAGACGUUCCUCGACGCCGUUCACUCCGAUCUGAGGAAGCCGAAGCUCGAAGCCACCUUGUUCGAAACCGGCUUCGCUGAGAAGGACCUCGACUUCCUCCUGACGCGCGUGGAGGACUGCCUGAAGCCCCAGGAGGUCGCCCCGGUCGUGCCCCAGGACAAGUGCUUCAUCUACAAGGAUCCUUAUGGCGUCGUCCUCGUCAUGGGGGCGUGGAACUACCCGCUGCAGCUCAGUCUCAUUCCUGCGGCAGGUGCCAUCGCUGCAGGUAACACAGUGGUAAUUAAGCCUUCCGAGGUCGCCCCCGCCACCGCCGCCGCCAUCGCCAAGCUCGUGCCUCAGUACCUGGAUAAGGAAUGUUUCCACGUCGUGUGUGGCGGCGUUGCAGAGACCACGGAGCUCCUGAAGCAGAGGUUCGACUACAUCUUCUACACCGGGUCCACGGGCGUCGGCAAGAUCGUUAGGGAUGCGGCCAACAAGUUCCUCACGCCCACAACCCUGGAAUUGGGCGGGAAGUGCCCCUGCUACGUGGACCAAACGGCGGACCUCGACAUCGCCACUCGGAGGAUCCUUUGGGGCAAGCUCUUCAACCUCGGCCAGACCUGCAUCGCCCCGGACUACAUCAUGUGCCCCAAAGCCGUCGAGGGGGAGAUCGUCGCCAAGGCCAAGCAGAUCCUCAAGGAGUGGUACGGAGACAGCCUCGAGAAGAACCCCGACUUGUGCCGAAUCGUGGCCGAGAGACACGUCGACCGCCUGGCAGGGUACCUCAGCAGCGGGAAGGUCGUCCUCGGAGGCAAAUACGACAAGAAGACCAAGUGGGUCGAGCCAACGAUCCUGGUGGACGUCAAGGAGGACAGCAAGGUGAUGCAGGACGAGGUCUUCGGGCCUAUCCUUCCUAUCCUGAACUAUGAGAACUACCAGGAUGCGAUCAACUUCAUUAACAAGAGAGAGAAGCCCCUCGCCAUGUACGUGUUCUCGAAGCAGCAGAACGUAGCCGACGCCUUCCUCAGCCAAGUGUCUUCUGGGGGCGCCACCAUCAAUGACACUCUCCACCACGCUGCCAACCCCAACCUCCCCUUCGGCGGCGUCGGACACAGCGGGAUGGGCGCCUACCACGGGGAUUACACCAUCGACACUUUCCUGCACAAGAAGUCCGUCCUCAUUAGGGAUUUCGACUCUGCGGCUGACAAGAUGCUGGCAGUCCGCUAUCCUCCUUACAAUGAUGAGAAGCUGAAGAUUCUCAGCGCAUAAGGAGACUCCACAUGACCUCCACUUUCUAAUCUUCCACCUUUUUCUCUUCCACUUCUUACUCGUUCAGUGUCUUCUCUUGAUUUUUUCUUCUUUUUCACCGUCUUCUCUUUCAUUUUACCUUCUCCCCCACUUUCUUCUUUUUCCUUUUUUUCUUUUUUCCACUUCCACCUCGUUCAAUGUCUCCUCCACUCUCUCCCUUUCCACUUUUAUUCAAAUUCCCUCCCAUUUUCUUCCGCCUCCGUUCAUUUCUUCGCACUUUCUUCCACUUAUUUUCCACUUAUCCAUUUCUCCCACUUUCUUCCAAGGCGAACCGUUGAUAUCCUUGAUCUAAAGAAAAUGAAUAAAGUAUCUUUAAUUGUUAA